GAACAAGUGGUUUCGACAACCAAUACGCUUCAAGGGGGGACUUCCAAAAAAAGGUCAGAUCUCUUUGCUUCCAUAAAAAAAUGUUCUUGCAUAUUUAAUGAAGAUUCGAGUGAUCAGGAAGAAUAUAGCGACGGAUUUGAAUCCAUUCACAAAGAGUCUGUUCAGAAAGAGUCCAGCUGUACAAAGUUCAGUGUUUAUAGAAAGGCAAGGAACAGGUCAGUUUGUAUAACAUAGGGAAGGAGAUUAAAGCACUCAGAAAGAGAAUCAAAGAUCUCUCUUGGAAACGUGAGUUGUACUGUCUUCAGGAUAUUAGUCAGAUGCAGCAAGAAGGAAAGAGCAGUGCUUAUGGCAGACUGAAAGAAUUAAGAAGAACUCCUUCCUUUGUAGUUGAAGAGAAUGUUAUUGGCUUUGAGGCAGAUGCUAACACUUUGUUGGCUAAACUUCUCGAGAACGAGCCACGACGUUUCGUAAUCUCUAUCUUUGGAAUGGGUGGUUUGGGAAAAACAACUCUUGCUAAAAAGCUUUAUCAUAGCAUUGAUGUCAGGAAUAAAUUUGACCGUUGUGCCUGGGUUUCUGUCUCUCAAGAAUAUAGGACUCAGGAUCUUCUUUUAAGAAUUAUAGAGUCUUUCAAAGUUGUAAACGGGACAAAGGAGAUUGAGAAGUUCAAUGAACAAAGCUUAGAGCGAUAUCUUCAUAAAUCCCUGGAAGGAUAUUCUUAUCUAGUGGUGAUCGAUGAUGUAUGGCAUAAAGAAGCUUGGGAGAGUUUGAGGAGAGCAUUUCCGGACAACAAAAACGGAAGUCGUGUAAUCAUCACCACUCGCAUUAGAGAAGUUGCUGAGCGUUCGGAUGAGAAAAUCCAUGUCCAUGAACUUCGAUUUUUAACGCCAGAUGAGAGUUGGAAGCUGUUCUGUGAUAAAGCUUUUCCAAGCUUAAAUUCAGAUGAAGGAUUGGAUAAGUUGGGAAGAGAAAUGGUGGGAAAAUGUGGUGGCCUACCACUUGCUAUAGUAGUAUUAGGGGGGCUUUUGUCUGCUAAAAAGCCUCAAGGAUGGCAUGUGGUGCGUGAUCACAUUUGGCGACAUUUAAGGAAUGACUCCAUUCACAUAUCGUAUUUGUUAGCUUUAAGCUUUAAUGAUUUGUCUUAUCAAUUGAAGCUAUGUUUUCUAUACUUAGGCCUUCUCCCUGAGGACUUUGAAAUUUGCACAGAGAAACUAAUUCAGCUGUGGGUGGCGGAGGGUUUCAUUGAGGGAACCGAAGAUCAAUUGAUGGAAGAGGUGGCCCAAGAUAAUUUGAAUGAGUUGAUCAACAGAAGCUUGAUUCAAAUAGAAAAAAAAUGUUGGGGGAGGGUCAUAACAUGCCGAGUCCAUGAUCUAUUGAGAGAUCUUGCAAUUGAAAAGGCAAAACAGCUGAACUUCAUUCACAUUUGUGAUGAAGACAACCAUUCAAGUCGUUCUUCAAUCACAGUAACAUGUCGAAGACAAGCUAUAUAUUCUGGCUCUGGGAGUGAAAGCUGGUUUUGGCUUCAACAGUAUAAUCCACUCUCACGUUCUCUUUUGUUCUUUCAACAACCGGAGGAUAAGUCAUUUCGAAUAGCACAACAUUUAGCUUUCAUGUGCUCAAGAUUCAGGCUACUCAGAAUUCUGGAUAUUGACGGAUCCCAGAGCAACAAUACAGUGCCAAAAAGCAGGGACUUUCCAAAAGAAAUAGAAGAGUUGAUUCAAUUGAGAUAUUUGGGCUUAACCAAUGGAUAUAUACAUGUGUUCCCACCAUCCAUUGUCAAGUUGAAGAGGUUACAAACUCUGCGUUUACAUGGCUUUGAAUGGUUUUUUGAUCGCUUACCAACUGAAAUUGGUAAGCUGCAAGAGUUGAGGCAUUUAAUUGGAAACUUCAGAGGGACUUUGCCCGUACAUAAUUUGACAAACCUUCAAACUCUGAAGAAUAUAGAUUAUGGAAGCUGGACUAAGAUUAAUCCAGUUAAAUUGGUUAAUCUUCGAGAGCUACGAAUUAUAUCAGGCAGGCCAAAUGAGAAGGCAAUCACUUUAGACUCUGUCACCACACUUCAAAGCCUGCGGAUUUUAUCAGUUUGGCUGAGGCCUGGCCAGGCCUUCACUUCAUUGAAACCCCUCGGUCAUUGUCCAUGUCUUGCAGAUUUGAGAUUAAAUGGGAAGCUGGAGAAACUUCCAAUUGACAUGGAUAAACUCUUACCAAAUCUUGAAUGCCUGAAGUUUUCAGGUUCACUUCUCCAGGAUGACCCAAUGGCCUCUCUAGAGAAGUUGCCGAAUCUCAUGAUUCUUGUCUUGAGCUUCAAUUCCUAUAGUGGAAAAAAACUGACCUGCUCCGCGAAGGGUUUUCCUCGGCUUGAAAUUCUGCAAAUUGAUUUAAAGGAAUUAGAGGAGUGGCAAGUAGAUGAAGAUGCUAUGCCUAUGCUCAGAGGACUGAAGAUAGUAGAGAACUCCAAGUUGAGAAUUACGGAAAGACUGAGAUCAAUCCCUCUCCCAGGAGAAUGGGAAUGUGAAGAUGGAAGAAUACCUAUAAAUAACUCAAGCUACAUCCAAGUUUGAUUUCCUUCAUUGCUGUGUGUGCACUUUCUUUUCAAUUUCCCUUCAGUUUUGUUGUUUUUUAUUGUUGGCAGAUGUUAAUUUUUUUUAAGCGAAUAAACCAUUUAGGUGUUAAACCUGAUGUUGAUUGUAAAAGAAUGUGAAU